CUCGGGCGGGCUGAGCAAGCCGCUGCUGGACCGCAUCGUGCGGGUGGACCACGCGGGGGAGUUCGGGGCCACCCGCAUCUACGCGGGACAGAUGGCCGUGCUGCGCCGGACGGCGGUGGCGCCCCUUAUCCAGCACAUGUGGAAUCAAGAAAAGGAGCACCUGAAGAAGUUUAAUGAGUUAAUGGUUGCCUAUAGAGUUCGACCCACUGUUUUAUUGCCAUUUUGGAAUAUUGCUGGGUUUGCUUUAGGUGCUGGAACAGCUUUACUUGGAAAAGAAAGUGCCAUGGCCUGUACUGUGGCAGUGGAAGAGAGCAUAUCCCAUCAUUAUAAUAAUCAAAUCAGGAAACUAAUGGAGGAGGAUCCAGAAAAAUACAAAGAAUUAUUACUGAUUAUAAAACAGUUCCGGGAUGAAGAGCUAGAACAUCAUGACAUGGGGCUUGACCACAAUGCAGAAUUGGCACCGGCUUAUUCACUUUUAAAGAUUGCUAUACAAGUUGGAUGUAGAGCUGCAAUAUUUUUAUCAGAAAGAAUUUAGUGCUCUUUUUUGAAGAAGAUGGUAAUAAAUCAAGACAAAACCA